AUGGUCGAUAAUCCCAAUCUCAACACGGAUAAACCCAGUGCAGGUAAUCUGGCACGUAUCACAGGCUCGCAGCCAGAUUUAAACAAAUUAAAGGAUACCCACCACAGCGAUUCUCAAAUCACAAUUCGAAAACGCAAACAGCCAGACUUUGAAAGUGACCUCAAAAAUGACAUCUUGGAAUUUCGCAAGGAUAUGAAAGACCUGAUGGAUAUUUGCAAAUCCCAAAAGUCAGAUAUCACGGGUAUGAAGUCGGAUGUAUCUGAUAUCAAGGACCAGCUCUCUAGCAUGCGGGCGACGACUGAAAACCUGGUUAUCGAACACAACCAAUUCAAGGUCGAUAUUGCGGAGGUCAAGGAUUCUCUCAGCUUUCAGUCCGGCCGGCAGGAUGAUCUGUGUACACGUGUCGCCACAAUGGAACUCAGUGUUAAGAGGAUCGAAUCGUUAGAACAGGAUGUCUCCACGUUAAAACAAUCUUAUAAUAACCUGCAAUUAGAACAUCACUCACUACAGCAACGCGACCGCCUACAUAACCUAGAAAUCUCGGGGAUCCCGGAAAACAAAGCUGAAAACCUUUCUAUCACUGUCUCAAAGAUCGCUAAUACAGCUGGUGUGGAGAUAACCACAGCAAAUAUUCUGCAUGUGAACCGCGUACAACCACGGGUGGAGGUAGCUGGCAGGCCACGUAACAUCGUCGUUCAAUUGAACUCGCAACUUAUCAAGGACAGCAUUUUAUCCGGUAUACGAAGGCGCAAAGGUAUUACCACUACGGAUAUUGGCAUGCCAGGUGAACCAGUCAAAAUAUAUGUAAACGAACAUCUGAUUCCAUUCUACAAGCAACUACGCAAGGAAACAAAGGACGCGGCAGAUGCAGCAAGCUAUAAGUAUGUGUGGGUACGCAACUGUAAAAUAUUCGCAAGAAAAUCUGACAAAUCUCCUAUUAUCAACGUAAAAGAUGCGAACGACAUUAAAAAAAUUAAGUGA